CCGAAAAAGCCCUUCGCUAAUCCUGUAAUCCCGUGAGCGCCGAACCGGAACCAGCGGCCGCAUCUCGUCUUUCGUCUCGUCUCGGGGUAAAAAAAGGAGGCUUUUCUUUCACCCUCGCCGCCGCGGCGCCUCCUCCACCUCCACCUCCGCAGGGAAGAAGGUCGCUCACGCAAACGGAACGAAGAGAAACGAAGAAGAAGAAGAGGAGACACCGCGCGAAAACGAAUCUCGUGCUCGUCGUCUCCCGCGGCGCCUCGCCCGCCCGGAUCCCACCUCCCAUGCGCACGGCGCCGCCGCCGCCAUGAGCCUCGCCUCUCUCGCCCGCGUCGUCGGCCGGUCCGCGCGCUCCUCCCGGCCGCGCCAGGGUUUCUCGCUCGGGGGGCUCAGUGGGCUCCGGGCGCCGACCGCGCCGCCGCUCCCGCCGGUCCAUGGCGGGGAUGUGGGAGCACUGGGGCUCCUCCGCGGGUACAUGACGGCGUCGCUGGGGAGGCCCGCCGUGGGGAAGGCCUCGGAUUGGAGGUACCUCCUCGCGAGCCCGCAGUUCCGUAGGCUCUUCUGCAGCGGCUCUAAGAAGAAUUACGAGAAUUACUACCCGAAUGGGAAGAAGGGGGCGCCUAAAGGGGAUGGCAGCAAUAAGGAUUCUAAGCAGGAUUCCAAUACAGAUGAUCAGUGGAAUUUCCAGGACGCUUUUGGAAAGCAACUGCAGAAUUUCCUGGCACCCCUAUUGCUUCUUGGCCUCAUGCUCUCAUCUUUAUCUUCUAGCUCAUCAGACCAAAAGGAGAUAAGCUUCCAAGAAUUCAAGAACAAGUUACUAGAACCUGGCUUAGUUGACCGGAUUGUUGUUUCAAAUAAAUCAGUGGCGAAGGUCUAUGUCAGGAGUGUACCACAAACGAACAACCAAAGCCAAAGUACUGAUACACAUAUUAUCACCAGUGAUGCUCCAGGCAGGCAGGCUCCAAGCAAAUACAAGUAUUUCUUCAACAUUGGAAGUGUUGAUUCCUUUGAAGAAAAGUUAGAGGAAGCCCAGGAAACUUUGGGUAUAGAUUCACAUGAUCAUGUUCCAGUAACUUAUGUUACUGAGGUAAAUUGGUUCCAAGAGGUGAUGAGAUUUGCCCCAACAGCCUUUCUUGUUGGACUACUAUAUUUCAUGGGGAAAAGGAUGCAGAGUGGAUUUAAUAUUGGAGGUGGUCCUGGGAAGGGUAGCCGUGGUAUUUUCAACAUUGGAAAAGCAACAGUGACAAAGAUGGACAAAAAUUCCAAAAAUAAGGUGUUUUUUAAGGAUGUAGCUGGCUGUGAUGAAGCUAAACAAGAAAUAAUGGAGUUUGUACAUUUCCUUAAGAAUCCCAAGAAGUAUGAAGAGUUGGGAGCUAAGAUACCCAAAGGUGCUCUGCUUGUGGGUCCUCCUGGAACUGGAAAGACUCUACUUGCUAAAGCUACAGCUGGGGAGUCUGGUGUGCCCUUCAUGUCCAUUUCUGGUUCCGAUUUCAUGGAAAUGUUUGUAGGUGUUGGACCAUCCAGGGUAAGAAACUUAUUCCAAGAAGCUCGGCAGUGUGCACCCAGCAUUGUAUUUAUUGAUGAGAUCGAUGCAAUUGGUCGUGCGAGAGGUCGUGGAGGUUUUUCUGGUUCAAAUGACGAGCGCGAGAGUACUUUGAAUCAGCUGCUUGUAGAGAUGGAUGGAUUCGGUACAACUGCUGGUGUUGUUGUUCUUGCUGGUACAAAUAGACCAGACAUUCUUGAUAAGGCAUUGUUAAGGCCCGGAAGGUUCGAUCGCCAGAUAACAAUUGACAAGCCAGAUAUUAAGGGUCGUGAUCAGAUAUUCCGCAUAUAUCUUACAAAGCUUAAACUGGAUAAUGAACCAACAUUUUAUUCGCAAAGGCUAGCUGCUUUGACACCUGGGUUUGCUGGAGCCGACAUUGCCAAUGUUUGUAAUGAAGCUGCUUUGAUUGCUGCAAGAACAGAUGAAACUAAGAUUACAAUGCAGCAUUUUGAGUCUGCGAUUGAUAGAAUCAUAGGUGGUUUAGAGAAGAAAAACAAGGUCAUAAGCAAACUGGAGCGUCGCACUGUUGCUUACCAUGAAUCUGGCCAUGCUGUUGCUGGAUGGUUUUUAGAACAUGCAGAGCCUCUUCUGAAAGUUACAAUUGUUCCACGUGGAACAGCUGCUUUAGGCUUUGCACAGUAUGUGCCGAAUGAAAAUCUGUUAAUGACAAAAGAGCAGCUUUUCGACAUGACGUGCAUGACAUUAGGUGGCCGAGCUGCAGAGGAGGUUUUGAUUGGAAGAAUCUCGACUGGUGCUCAGAAUGAUCUGGAGAAAGUUACAAAAAUGACCUAUGCGCAGGUUGCUGUAUAUGGUUUCAGCGAGAAGGUUGGUCUUCUAUCUUUCCCUCAGAGGGAGGAUGGUUUCGAAAUGAACAAGCCUUACAGCAACCAGACAGCAUCUAUCAUCGAUGAAGAGGUGAGGGAUUGGGUCAGCAAGGCGUACAAAAAAACUGUUGAACUGGUAACGGAGCACAAGGAACAAGUAGCCCAAAUAGCAGAAUUGCUGCUCGAGAAGGAAGUCCUCCACCAGGAUGAUUUAAUGAGGGUAUUAGGAGAACGUCCAUUCAAGGCAGUCGAACUAACAAACUACGACCUCUUCAAGCAGGGGUUCCAGGAUGAAGAUGGCAAGAGCCCAGAGGCGGCGAAGAAUGCCGAAGUGCCUGACGAUGAUGGAUCACCUGUGCUUCCUGACGUCGUUGUGCCAACGUGAACUCCGCGCUAAAUUUUACAGCUGUACAGCGCACGUUCAUCCGAUAGAUUCUUGCUUUGUUGUUGCAGCAUAAGAAAAACUGUAUAAAAUCGGCGCCCUCAGUCCAAUCACGCCGGUGCUGGAGGGAUGCGGUAGGCUUUCCACAGCUGGCGUGACCCUGUUGUUCCAUCCAGUGAGCUUGGUUGAGGUUCGUGCCUUGAGCUUGUUAGUGGUAUCACCAAACGUUUUGACGAAUCCUGUAUCUCCUAUAUGAUUUUAUCAAAGAUUUCGUCUACUGAAGAGACGGUGUACAAGAGUCUGAACCUUGUGGUGUGACGCUCUGCCUUGUGUCAAACCAGUCGGAUUUUUUUUUGUGGGAA